AUGGCCUACAACACCAAGGACCACAAGUACGAUUGUCGAAGGUUUGAAGGCAAAGUGGCACUGCUUACAGCUGCAACAGAAGGGUAAGGUUUUUUAAAAUUAUUUUAGAUUCUACCUCAUUUAUGGCUAAAAUGAUGACUGUGUGAAAUUUUGCACUUUAGUAUUGGUCUAGCCACAGCUGACAGACUAGCUCAUGAAGGUGCCAAAGUAAUCAUAUCUUCUCGGAACGAAGUCAAUGUCAAACGAGCAGUUCAAGAUCUGAUUGACAGUGGAAUAAAUCCAAAGAACAUUGCUGGCACGGUAUGUCACGUCGGAAACCCUGAACAUCGUCAAAAUUUACUGGACUUUGCCACCAAGACGUUUGGAAAGAUUGACAUUUUAUUCAACAAUGCAGGUAUUAACCCAGCGAUUGGUACGAUGCUGGAGGUGACACCAUCACAGUACGACAAGAUGUACGAUGUCAACAUCAAGGCUACGUUCUUAAUGACAAAGAUUGUGGCUCAACACAUGAAAGAGACAGGGUAUGCUAGGGUUUGUUCCGUUAAUGUGUAUUGUUUAGAGGUGGAGUGGUAAUCUUUAAUGGGACUUUUGGAGCGUUUCGAUCUCUACGUGGAGUUAGAGCUUACAAUGUUUUGAAGACAGCACUAGUUGGUAUCACACAGGCUUUGGCACACGAAUUAGGACCAUACAAUAUUAGGAUCAACAGUGUUCAUCCUGGACUGAUACAAACUAGAAUGGGGCGAAUUGUAAGUUUACUACAGUAGACAAAGAAAAAUGCAAGAAAAAUACUGAAAAUUAAUUGUAUACAUAUACUACAGUACAAAAAUGCUUUACACAUAACUAUAGAUGUUUGAUCCAAACCACAAACUGCACCACCUUGUGGACGUGAAAGGUCCCACUUUCUGGGCGAUUCACCGAAUGGGACAGCCUGAGGAAACGGCCGCAGCUGUUUGUUAUUUGGCUUCAGACGAGGCGAGGCACGUUACUGGCGAAAACCAUGUCAUAUCUGGGGGAUGUGACUGUAGGUUGUAG